UCUUUAAAAAAAAAAAAAUUAUUUCCCUUUUUACCAAUCAUAAUCCUGGAUUUGCUCCUUUACAAUAAAAGUACCACACGGAAAAAGCUAGACGGUACCGUCUCUCCCUCUUCUCUUGUCGUAGAAGCCAUGACCAGCUCCUCCGCCCCUUCACGCAAGGCUUUAAGCAAGAUCGCAUGUAAUAGACUGCAAAAAGAACUUGUGGAGUGGCAGGUCAAUCCUCCAGCAGGAUUUAAACACAAAGUCACUGAUAAUCUUCAAAGAUGGAUCAUCGAAGUCAACGGAGCCCCAGGGACCCUGUAUGCGAAUGAAACCUAUCAGCUUCAAGUGGAUUUUCCUGAGCAUUAUCCCAUGGAAGCACCUCAGGUGAUUUUUCUGCCUCCAGCUCCUCUGCAUCCCCACAUUUAUAGCAAUGGGCAUAUCUGUCUAGGUAUUGCUUUCUCUUAA